CUUCUAUGAAUUAAGACUUGUUAAACAAUGAAGCUGAAUCUUAGUUUUUUGACAAUAAUCACUUGUUGUCAUGUUCUAAACCUUCAACCCAUAAAUAUUGAUGAAGCACCACAAAUUGUGUCAUAUGAAUUUGUGCAACAUCCAAAUAGCUCCUACUAUUAUGCCUACGAGACUUCUGAUGGACAAGAAAAAAAAGAAUUUGGGAAUUUUAUAGAAAUUAAUGGCAAUAAAGUUCUGUCAGUUGAGGGAAGCUAUCGAUUUACAGCAGAUGAUGGAGUGGAACGUAAAUUUAAAUAUACAGCAGGCGUAAAUGGUUUCCAUGUAGAACCAGAUAAUUCAAUAGAGUUUGAUGACAGAAUUGAUCCGAACAUCAUCAAGUCGCUGCUGGGUUAAAAUUGAGAGCUUAAGUAAUUAAGUGUUAAUUUAUUAUAUUUUGAAAUUAAUACCUGCCAUGGAAUAUCCAUAAAUGUUUAAACAAUGUUAAACAAAUGACUUUGUG